AUGCCUACGGAAAGUAUCUGCGUGUUAGCUAUUCAUAGUGCUCGUGGAUUUAUUUGGUCUACUAUAGUUAUUUACGGUCUGCCAAUGAAUAUCAUCAGUAUUAUUUAUUUUCAGCUGGCACGAUUUAUGCGCCGACCACCUCUGCCUACUUCAGCACGAGCUAAACGUGAUGUGAUUGUAGCACGUCGUAUUGUACUUGUUGUAUUUGUAUUAAUACUGGCCGGUGCUCCGUCUGUAGUGUUGGAACUAAUGUUACCUUUUACUGAUGUAGGAAAACCAUUGUUUUAUCGCAUUUCGAAUAUGACUAUAGUCAUUGCUAUGAUUGCUCUUAGUUGUAUGCUUGUCUAUGUCACUCCUCAAGUAAAAGAAAUACUCAUGCGUAUUGGAAAACAACAUCAAGUAGUACCUACAUAUUCACAACCACGAUUUGGUUUACCUGUCACAACUACAAAACGUUAA